UUGUUGCUAGGAGACCAAAAAAAAAAAAAAAAAAAAAAAGCCAGCCGCAGAAGGGGAGUCGGGGAUUGUGAGCAUAACCUCUCGGGUACUGCUGCACAUGGCCGGGGCCGCGCGGUUGCCAAAGGAGCCGCUUGACCCAGUAAGUCAGAACAAGAUCUUCUGCGAAACGGUCCGGAAGGAACUGCGAUGCCAGCGGCUGCACACGGAGUUCGGGCUGAACCCACUCCUAAAGGUUCAUACCAUAGCUGGAAAGCCUAUGGCUUGGCAUGAUAACUUAGAGGAGCCUGCAGAUGAUAAGUUCCUGAAACUUAUUCAUCAUGCUGCACUUGAACCAACCAAAAAAUACACAGAACCACAAACAGUAAGCCAGGAAAUUGGCUGGUUUACCACACCUUUGACCAGUAUCAACCGGAAUGAUCCAAGGCUGUACUUCCCAAGUCGGAGCACUGAAAUCAGCAGAUACAUGGCCGCCGUGUGGCGUCUGCAGCCGCCAAAAGAGAAGAGAUAAGGGCACCAUAUGAUUGGGGUGGGGCUUAACAGAAUAAGCUUAGACACGAACUCAGGGUUUCUGACCUGCAAUUUCCCAGUCUCCCAAUUGUCAUGUACAGCAGAAUAGCUUUCAAGUAAGGAAGGUCCCUCACUGUUGGAACACUUAGUGCUUACAGUAAACCUGACCCAAAAUUUUA